CCCUGAAGCAACAUGAAGUGGCAAAUAACACUCAUUGAUGCUUUGGAUUUGUGUUUCCACUGUAGUGUGGUGUAUACAAAAAGCUCCCUAUUUUAGGGUUGACAAGUGGAGAGUAUCUGACAAAGAUACAAUUAAAUAUUCACGUCGGAUUGCACACUAUUUGCUCCCAUGGCUGAAAGACUUGCACCAUGAGCAGGUGAAAGAGAAAUAUGUUGAGGCAGCAAUUAAAGGCAUUGAUGCACAUGAGGUGAAGAUUCCUCUAGCAAACUAUAAAGAAAAUAAGCGGGUAUACUGUAACAACUGCAGAACAUCUAUAGUCGACUUCCAGAGAAGCUGCAACAAAUGUUCCUAUGUUCUCUGCCUCAGCUGCUCCCGGGAGCUCCGUGAUGGACUUAUUCCUGGUGCCACUUCUGCAAGUGGCAUGGUCCUUACACAACCUGGGGUAGAAGGCAAGGACGAUUUGCAAAAGGGAAGUAAUCAUGAUAGCAUUGCAAGUCAAAAGCCUUCUGAUGGACAGAAUGAGUUGUUGAUGGAUAGUGCAGUUCCUAUUGAGGAUAGCGCUCCUGGGUUGAGACAAUGGAAGGUAAAUAGCAAUGGAAGCAUACCUUGCCCGCCAAAUGCUUUUGGUGGUUGUGGUGAUGCUGUUCUCGAACUUGAGUCAUUGUUGGAGGAGAAUGUUAUUUCUGGCUUACUGGAGAAAGCCAAUGUAGUUGUAAAAAAUGAAGAAAUGUUGGAGGUUGGAGGUUCAAAAUGUUCCUGCUUUAGUGACUCCAGUGAGAUGAGCAACGCAAUGUCACAGAAACUGGCUUGUAGAGAGAACUCAAGAGACAACUACAUAUAUUGCCCAAAUGCUAGAGAUGUUCAGAAUGGAGCAUUAGAUCAUUUCCAGGAGCACUGGUUAAAGGGUCAGCCUGUUAUUGUUCGUGACGUGCUUGAGUUAACUUCUGGAUUGAGCUGGGAACCAAUGGUUAUGUGGCGAGCUUUUAGAGAAAUUAAAGACAAGGAUGAACAUGAGCGGCUCUUUGUUAAAGCUCUUGAGUGCCUGUUGUGGUCUGAGGCUGUUGUAAACACCCACUUCUUUUUUAGUGGGUAUUCCCGUGGAAUUGUUGGUCCAGAGGGUUUGCCCAUGUUACUAAAGCUUGAAGAUUGGCCACGGCACUGCUCAUUUGAGGAGCGGCUGCCACGACAUGGUGCUGAGUUCAUGUCUGCUUUGCCAUUUCGUGAAUAUACUGAUUAUAAGUCUGGUCCUCUUAAUCUGGCUGUGAAGCUUCCAGGAGAAGUCAUAAAGCCAGACCUUGGUCCAAAAACUUGCAUCGCGUAUGGUCUUACCCAGGAAUUAGGAAUUGGUGAUUCUGUCACCAAGCUUCAUUGUGAGAUGUCUGAUGCGGUAAGUAUCCUCACACAUACUGAUGUAAUAAAGCUCAAAGCACAAAGGAUUACAGCGAUUGAGAAGAAGAAAAGGAGUUUGACCAUAAAGGAAUACAACAGAAAUCUUCAAGCUUCACAAACAGAUCCUGAUUGUGUUUAUGAGAAGGAUAAGGUGGAUGAUGGUUCCAGCCCUAUAGAUAAAAGUGAAUCUCCAGAUAAUACAGAAGGAACCUCUGAACCUACUGGGGGUCAAAAACGCCGAAGGCAACGCGGCUGUCAUUCUUCUAAUGCAUCAAAGAAAAAAAAGAAAACAACCAGAGAAGAUAAGGUGCAUGGAAUUUCCAUAUUUCUUGAGGCAGAAGACGGCGUCCCAUUUGUAGAGGGUGACCAGCCAGAGGGUGGUGCAUUGUGGGACAUAUUCCGGCGCGAAGAUGUCAGCAAACUAUGUGAGUAUCUAAGGAAGCAUUCAGAGGAGUUUAGGCAUUGCAAUUAUAAACCAGUGAAGCAGGUUAUUCAUCCUAUACACGAUCAGUGCUUUUACCUAACAAUUGAGCACAAGAGAAAGCUUAAGGAAGAAUAUGGAGUUGAGCCUUGGACAUUUGAACAGAAGCUUGGUGAUGCAGUCUUUAUCCCUGCAGGAUGUCCACACCAAGUCAGAAAUUUGAAGUCAUGUAUAAAGGUCGCACUUAACUUUGUUUCUCCGGAAAAUGUACAAGAGUGCAUCAGGCUGACAGAAGAAAUCCGUCUGCUUCCAAAAGGGCAUAGGGCAAAUAAAGAUAAGCUAGAGAUUAAGAAGAUAGCUUUUCAUGCAUUCAAACAAUCCAUUUGGGAUAUCAUCAAAAAUGAUGACCAGGAAAGAAGAGACCACCAAGAAGUUGCAAAGUACAGAGAAAAAACCAAAGCAAAAGGAAAGAGAAGAAAGAAGGCAACAGCAAAAGGACGGCACAAUGGAUCGUCUCAACUUGCUUUUGCUAUUUGAAUAUG